GACGCCACAACGCCCUGUCACAGCUGCAGGGCUGGCGGCAGUUUUGCGUUUUGCUGCUGACUGAUGAGAAGGAGCCCCUGACGAUGCUUCAGACAGCCCCCAGAUCCUCACCAUUUCAAUUCCACACGAUCGUCUGUUUCGCCGAGGCGUCGUCGAAUCCAUAUCUCGCACCACCGGGGCGCCAAAUGCUCUAAUGCCCGGAACGACAAUACUUCCAAGCUUUUGCUCGAUGUGACGCCCAAUUUCGGCGAAUAUGUUGGUUCGCAUACUUCCACUUUCUACCAUUGACAUCGCUCGAACCGGGACUCGCAGCCCUCCCCUCUGCGGAUCCUGAUAGUGCAACCCACUUGUUCUAUCUUCCCGCAACUUCUAUUCUUUUUUUGACGAUGCCGGGGCUCCCUGCUUCCGUAGACCUCGACGAGUGCAUCUCGCGCCUCUACAAGAAAGAACUCCUCGCCGAGUCGGUCAUCGAAGCGAUAUGCGCCAAGACCAAGGAGCUGUUGAUGCGCGAGAGCAAUGUAGUCCACGUUCGCGCCCCUGUCACCGUCGUUGGCGAUAUCCACGGCCAGUUCUACGAUCUGAUUGAGAUAUUCAAGAUUGGAGGCUGGUGCCCAGACACAAAUUAUCUCUUCCUCGGCGACUACGUCGACCGAGGCAUGUUUAGCGUCGAGACGAUUUCUCUUCUUGUGUGUUUAAAACUGAGAUACCCCAAUCGCGUCCAUUUGAUACGAGGGAACCACGAGUCACGGGGCGUGACCCAGUCGUACGGCUUCUACACGGAAUGCUCGCGCAAAUACGGCAACGCCAGCGUGUGGCACUACUUCACCGACAUGUUCGACUUCUUGACACUCAGCGUGGUCAUCAACGACCAGAUAUUCUGCGUCCACGGCGGACUCUCCCCUUCCAUCCACUCGAUCGACCAGAUCAAAAUCAUCGACCGCUUCCGCGAGAUUCCGCACGAGGGCCCCAUGGCUGACCUCGUCUGGUCGGACCCAGACCCGGACCGCGACGAGUUCUCGCUGUCCCCGCGGGGGGCCGGCUACACGUUCGGCGCGCAGGUCGUGAAGAAGUUCCUGGCGGUCAACAACAUGGACCACAUCCUGCGCGCACACCAGCUCUGCCAGGAGGGAUUCCAGGUGCUGUAUGACGACCGGCUGAGCACGGUGUGGAGCGCCCCCAACUACUGCUACCGGUGCGGCAACAUGGCGAGCGUGCUCGAGGUGAGCGACACCGGGGAGAGGUUCUUCAACGUGUUCGCCGCGGCGCCGGAGAACGAUCAGGUCAAGGAUGCUCAGAUGGGCGGUGGGGGCGGGGAUAAGGGGGCGGACGGCGGGGCGUUACCGGAUUACUUUUUGUAGAGGACAGGAGGAUGGCCGGCUUCGCCCUUGGCUGUUGACCCCUCAAUGUAGUAGCGACGAUAGACGAUGAUACCAAACGAAUCUUUUCG